AGCCUCUUUGCCAUUAUAGCUCUUUGCUAUGUAUGGCAGCCUCCUGCUUUGAACUGUGUCAGCACAACUGUCCUAACAUUUCACCCAGGUUUCAUUGUUCCAGGCAAAGAUGGCUUUUUUUGUAACCACGAUGAAAGCGAUGCUGGAUGUAUUUAUAAGCCUUGGUUUCUGUCGAAGGAGACAAACUUUGGACUAAGUGUUAUGGGAAUUUCAUGUUGGAUUUGCUGUGACAGCCCAGUAAGGGCUGUGCCUUUUGAUUCAUUUCCAGGUGCUGCAGAAAAUGUGUGUUUAGUUAUUUCAUGUGUUGGUAGCAUGCCAAGCUGUGACCUGAGUUAAGGCCUCAAGGUUUGUCAGUAGAGGCUGGCAAGAGUGUGGGACCAUGUCCUCUGAAUUUAAUUGUCUUCAUUAGUCUCACAGAGCCUGGGUUGCUUGAACUUCAGUUCACACUUCUAGGAGGUCACUGUCAUUAUAGUCUGUGAAAUGCUGCAAUUUCUAAGUGAUGAUCUGUUAUAGAAAAACAUAUAAAUAAACACCUGUUCUCAGAUACUUCAUCCAGUUGAGUGGAAAUGGGGAAGACUGUUUCUGUAUGGAAAUGAGAGGGAGGGAAGGGUAUUUUGUUGUCUGUGCUUAUACAUUAUAUAGGUAACAAUGAUGAUAGUGUCCCUAGAACAAGGGUUUUCAACCUGUGAGUAGCUCCUUCCCCCACCAAAACCUAAGGCUGGGGCUCUGAAGGACAUUGAUAAUUGUUCCUGUAUGAAGCUGGUGUGCCAUUCAUUUCUUUUAAAGGGGAUAUACACUCAAUUGGGAAGUCAUAGCCCAGAAGUGACAUCUCUCAGAUACAGGAAUAGAGUUAAGGUUUGUUGUGAAUCACAGGAUGAAGAUAAUCUCAGCUGGCAAAGGUGCAAUAGGCCAAAGAGAGACUGGGAUAAAGUACCAGGAGCAAACACAGGGAUGACCCAGCAUUAGAGUUCCAUAGCUGGGUACUCUGGUGUGAUCUAAAGUCUUUAAAGACUGUGAGCAGCUUUUUGUAGGGGUUCCACAGAUGAGCAGGAAAAGGGGAGGAAAUGCCAUCAAAGACUCAGUGUUUGGAUGGAGUGCCACAGAGUGCAGUACUGGGAAGCAAUUAGGUGUCCUCUGGACCUUGUCUCCUGACAGCAGGCAGGAACAAGACACCUCACUUGGCUCUUGAGGCACUUUGUCCCUAUGUCAGAGAAUCCAAAACUCUUUCCACAGAUACCUUAACCUCAGGGGGGUAUGUUACUGCUCAGGUAGAGGGGAGGAGGGAAAAUGAAACCCACAGAGGCUUUAGAGAGCCACAAAUGGACCAUCUCCCCAUUGGUAAACAGGUUGAGAAUCCCUGUUUUAGAGUGUAAAAAUUAGAUACAACUAUACUGAGGCCACAUGGAACUCUUUGCUAUCACAGUGAGACUUGUGGCUCCUCACAUCAUAUUAACAGACAUCCCCACAGCAUACUCCAUUUUGCAGUACAGGCAAAAUCCUAAUGUAUAAAAUACAUGUUGUAUUUGAGUAGGGUGGAAAAAAAUGUCACUGUUCUCUCAAAAGAGUCCUGAAGUAUAAAAAGAAUAGCGUGUGUGAGUUUUAAACUCUGAUGGUUACAGUUUGUGCAGGUCUUAGUUAAACACAGAGUUUUGCACCCUUGUAGAAAAGGUAAUUUAAUGUUUUCUCUUUCAGGCUCCUCCAUUGCCAUCCUCCUCAUCUUGACAUUUUUUCAUGGACAUUAAAUGAAAACUUUUCUGAUAUUCAGGAAGUGACCCAGUUCUGCACCACUGAUUUUUGUAGCUAUCCCGUAAGGCUGCUGGCUGAAAGCUGUGUCUAUGCAACCUUCCAAGUGCGGAGUGUCAACCAACUGGACAGGAGAGAGCACUGCCUCCUACUCCAGAACUCAAAACAAAUAAAGCUCAUCCAGCUGUACUUCAAAAAAAUAAUUCCAUGUUUUGUAUAUAUCUGACAAAACUGGCAACAUUAUACAGACUACUGACUUGAAGACCACCUCUUUUGUAUUUCUCUGUUUCUGGGCUGAUGAGUUGGUUUCAUCCAUUUUUCCCCCUUCAGAAUUUCCCUUGGAAAAAGUACUAGCUUAGCUGGUCAUUUCUUUGUAAGGUAGUUAGAAAUUUUAAGUCUUUCUUUGGGCAACUUUUUUUUUCUUUUUUUUUCUUUUUUUUUCUUUUUUUUUUUUUUUUUUUUUUUUUUUAAUGUGAAGAGUUAGGUGAUAUAAAUUUUUUACUGCUUUUAUGUUUUUCUGUCUUGUUUUGAAACCAUGACGGUUACACUUUUGGUUCCUAAAUAAAAUUUAAAACAAUUAACAGCCAAGUCACAAAGAUAAAUGGGUUGCACAUAGACUAAGGAAUAAACUUCAGAUUUGUGAUUUUUGUUUCUAAUCUUGAUGUAAAUUUACACUAUUUAUAAAUACAUAUUUAUUGCUUGAAAAUAUUUGUGAAUGGAAUGCUGUUAUUUUUUCCAGAUUACCUGCCAUUGAAAUUUUAAGGAGUUCUGUAAUUUCAAACACUACUCCUAUUACAUUUUCUAUAUGUAAAUAAAACUGCUUAGCAUUGUACAGAAACUUUUAUUAAAAUUGUUUAAUGUUUAAAGUUUUUCUAUUGUUUGAGUUUUAAAAAGAUUUUAUGUACAGUGCCCAGUUUUUGUUCUUUUUUGAAUCUGAUUAUAUAUAUUUUAUAUAUACUCUUGUGCUUGUGUAUAUAUAUAAUAUAUAUAGAAACUCGAAUAUAAAUAUGUGUAUAAAGAUUUAGAGACUAAAUUUUUCUCGUUUUAAGUUUUACAUCUAUGGUAGAUUUGAGGUGUCUACUGUAAAGUAUUGCUUACAAAAGUAUGAUUAUUUUUAAAGAAAUAUAUGGUAUGUAUCCUCAAGACAUAGAAUGACCUUCAGACUGGUUUAUUGUUAAAUUGCACUUUUUGCAAUAACAGACCAAUAAAUAGUUGCUGCCAAAAUGUAGUAGUAGAAAAUAAGUAACAGCUAAAUUUUAAAGCUCUUCAAGAAAAUACCAACUUUGACAGGAAGUUUGGCACUAGUUUUAGAGGAGGAAUGAAGAAGAUUGAGUUUGGUGGGGAUGUUCUCUAGAUUUCAACCAAAUUGCAACUUCUAUAUUACAAUAUGUUCUAUUAACAAUUUUGAAAGUUAAGACUGAAUCAUCUUGGCGUCAUUGUUGACCCCAGAAAAAGACGUUGUUUUGUGGUAUUCUAUUGUAUUUUCACAUAUUUUGUAAUACGAAUUCACUGGUAAAUUUUUGAAGCACUAGGUUUAUUUAGGACAAGUUUAUAAUAUAUCAUUGUAACAGUUUGCAGUUUUAAUGAUGGUAUUUAUUUUAAGUUGCUCCUUUCUCAUUAGCUUCUUGAAAAUGCAUUAAAUCUAAAUUUCAAAAUUGAUAGCUUUCUUAUCGAUCAGAGUUGACUGAUGCAGAAGGUUCUGCAUCCAACAGUUUCUCAUAAUUUCUCAUUAGUGGGGUAUGUUAGUGAUUGCAUUGUUAAAUUUUUUGUAAUCAGUGUGAAGUGUUACAGGCACAGAGCAUGCAGAUAGUUCCUUUUGAACAAAAAGAAUCGCCUCUUAUGUUGUAGCUUCAAAUGAAGGGUGUUUGAAUGAAGAAUCAGCACAGUUUAUCUAAUGCUGUUACAACAGUUUAACCACAGUUUGAGCUGACUUUCUUGCUAGUUCUUACUAGUUGGACAAAAGGGUGUAGAGAUGAAAGAAAAGUGUAACCAAAUGCUCUUGCCAGCAAAAUUAUCAACUAGCAGUUAGGAAGCCAGUAUUUGCAGUUCUGUAAAGGUUUAAGUCUCAGCUCUUGAUAACAAAUUCUACAAAUCAUAAUUUUUUUUUUACUUAUGUAUUUUAUGCAGUCAUAAAUAUUGUAAUCUUGACAAACCAUGCUGCAGCUGAAAAGCUACUCCUUUAAAGUAGUCUUAAACCCAAAUAAAAGCAAGAUACACUUACCUCAA